AUGGGGGCCCAGCGACGUGACAGAGGCCCCAGGCCACAUGGGGAACAUGGGGAAUAUGAUCUACCUGAUGCUCCACCCCCGGAAUCUGGAGUUGCUGAUGCUUUUUUGGCACCUGAUACAAUCUCAGUUGGCCACGACUCACUGCCGCUCGAUCGAAGCAAGGAAAUGGCCCAAGGAGAUCCGUCUCAUGGGGAAGUGACAGAACUGGUUCGACAUUUUUUCAAGCAUCUCUAUCCAGUUCCUUCUUAUGCAUUUCUGCACCCUUCCACAACAUUGGCAAAAUGCCACAAAGGCACAUUGGAGCGACCGCUACUUCUUGCUAUUUGUGCCUUGACCUCGUUGCAUGUGCCUGUACACAACGUGACCAUCGACCGGGAGAAGAGUGCUGCAUGGGUAUCGAAUGCGGAGGAGAUUAUCUGGAAGUGCCUGGAAACCCCAACAAUGCCCCGUUUGCAAGCAUUGCUGUUGACGAUCAGCUAUCGAAUGGCAACUGGGAGCUAUGAAAAGGCAUUCAUGUUGACUGCGAUCGCCGCCCGUGCGGCCUCUGCCAUGGGUCUGAAUCAUGAGCAAACCCACUUGGAUCCAAUUUUGGAGGAGACCAGACGCCGCACCGUAUGGUGCUUCAAGUUGCUGGAGUCAUAUUUUUCCAUCGGGUUGACUGAAUUCGAAGUUUGUCCCUUUGAGUGCAUUUACUUACACCCACCAUCAUUGGAAGACUCGUUUGGCUUGCUCUGUCCGCCUGGCUCUGAAGAAUUUGCCAUUUACGCCUUGAGAGAUCAGAAUGAGCUGGGGUCACUGAAUAUGUGUAUUCGGUUGGCCUCUAUUCGCAGGGAUAUUAUGAAGUUGACUCGAGAGCUCGCUGUUUGCACUGAGCCUUACCUGCACCUUCAAGACGUGACUGGGGGUCUUGGAGAGAUUCUCUGUGAACUUAAAGCGGAAAUGCCCAACCAAGCCGAAAUCUCAAGCUCGGGGCUGAAGAAUUUGAUUGAAAGUUCCUGGCUGCCCCGUCACAUAAUGAUGUUUACCUUGUGGCACGGGUGCUAUUUUGACUUGUAUCGCAUUUUCCUCCCUGGGUACCCUGAAGCCCCGCCAUCUAUCGUUCUGAGCACCAUCGACGCGCAGUUUACUCAGAUGGCGACCAGAGCCUGUGUUGAACAUGCACUGGCAGUCGUCAAUUUAUUCUGUGACUUGAAUCAGACCUGUACCAAGCCCCGUCUACUUGAGUUCGCUACCGGGGUGUGCGUCUAUCACGCUGUUCGAUUGAUUUUGUUUAUCGCUCAUUUGUCGACUGAGCCAGAUCUUCUGAGCCUUGAAUUUGCAGUGAGUCGGGCGGAGUUAUGCCUGGCAGCUAUCCGGCGGUUUUUCCAUGGGCUAGCUUUGGCACAGCCAAUUCUCGAUGAUAUUGCGCAAUUGAUCGAAACAUUUUCUUCCAAUAAUUCCCCCACGGAGAGUCUUUCGGUAUUUCACAAAGUGAAUCACGGCCGGAAGUCGGACACCCGAAUUCUAUCUGCUGCGCGACCUCGGCAGCAUUUGGCGGUUCACAGUGUCUUGCAACAAGCCAAGUUCUUCACAGAAGAUCCUUCAUGA